AUGGCGGACGCCACCUCGCCAGAGCCUCCUGGUGACAAGGCUAUCAAGGUCAUUAACAUGGUGGAGCUGGUGGACCCACUGUCGUUGCCGCGGCAGGCGCGAGAUGCCUCGGUUCCGCGAUCGCAGUCGCCUGUGGCCUCGCCACCGUCACGUCCGUCGUCGGCUGCCUCCAACUCGCGCUCCAAGGUCUUUGCCUAUGACGCCGUCUGCUCGGCCUAUGCCUCACAGGACGAGGUCUUUGAGCUGGCUGUCUCACCGCUGCUGGACGCUGUUCUCGACGGCUUCAACGGCUGCGUCUUUGCAUACGGCGCCACUGGCGCAGGCAAGACUUACACCAUGCUCGGCGCCUCUGAUGACGGCGCCGAGUAUGCCACCCGCGGCCGCGGUGCCGGCCUCAUCCCGCGCACUCUCGCCGCCGUCCUCGCCGCGGCUGCCACGGCUACUGCCUCCGAAGGCCUCGACGCGUCGGCCUUUGACCUCGCCAUCGCCUACAUGGAGAUCUACAACGAGUCGGUCAUCGACUUGCUCAACCCCGAGUCGGAGCCACUCGAGCUUCGCGAGGACAGGGCCGGAGCUCUGGUCGUCUCGGGCCUCACUUACCACCCGUUCACCUCGCUCGAGCAGGGCAUGGAGCUUGUUGCUCGCGGCUCGGCCAUGCGAACGACCGAACCAACCGCUGCAAACCUCGUCUCCUCGCGCUCCCACGCCAUCCUCCAGGUUUUUGUCACCAAGACUGUCGUCGCAGACUCGGUUGUCACCGCCAAGCUCUCGCUCAUCGACCUGGCCGGCUCGGAGCGCGCGGCAGCGACCCGCAACUCGGGCCUGCGCAAGGUUGAAGGCGCCAACAUCAACCGCUCUCUCCUUGCUCUCGGCAACUGCAUCAACGCCCUCGCUGACGCCGCCACCGCCGCCCGCCCGCGAACCCCAUUUAUCAACUACCGCGACUCGAAGCUCACCCGCUUGCUCAAGGACUCGCUCGGUGGAAACUCGCAGACUGUCAUGAUUGCCAACGUGGCUCCGACCGCCGCCGCCUACGAGGAGACGCUCAACACGCUCAAGUACGCCGCGCGUGUCUCCACUAUCCGCACCCGACCGGUCCGGAACACCCACGCCGUCGACUACAGAGUCACCCAGCUCAACGACGUCAUCGACGAGCUCCGUGCCCAGGUUGCUUCGCUGCAGGACCAGCUCCGCACUGUUGCCUCGCCAAUGCGCACGUCGGAGCACUCGGAGCCGGCCCGCCCGGCCACGGCGCCGCCCGGUGGUGGACCGGCCGGCUUUUCCAACCGCACAGCCCUCCGCCAGGCCCGAUCUGCGCUCCGCUCCAACUUUCUCCGCCGCCGCGAGCUCGCUGCCAAGCUGGCCCGCAUCGAUGAGGCUGUCGCCGUCGCUCAGGCGACUCAGCUCCGCGCCCAGGUAACUCUCUCGCACUACGCCGCUCAUUCGCCGCACAAGUCGGUCAACUCGCCGGCCGCGCUCCCGCCUCACGUAGUCGCUGCGCGCACUGCCGGCGACGCCGCCUCGGCCCGUGCCGCCAAGCUCCUUGUCACCCGUGCCGCCCUGCAGACCGAGCUCGACAAGUGUGACGUCCACGCGUCGGCCGUCGUCGACAUGUUCUCCGCCGGCGAGUCUGGUCGCGCCCUUGACAUUGUUGAGCUUGAGCAGCAGGUCCGCCUCCUCGAGGCAGAGAACAUCACCCUUCGCACCAAGGCCUCGUCUGGUCCCGAUGCCUCGGCCUCGCGUUCGCAGCUCCUCAUCCGCCAACUACGCGCCGAGCUCACCUUUAAGAACGCGCUCAUUGCUGCACAGUCACGGGUCCUGGCCGACCAUGGCUGGGACGACCCGGGUGCCGCCGCCCUCGAGCCAUCGGGUAUGUCCGGCCUCCUCCACAAUAGCUCGUCGUCGUCGUCGGACGCCGACGAUCCUCUACAUGCGGCCCUUGACGCGCUUCCGCCGCUUCUUCCGCUCCUGUGCGACCAAGGCCACGAGACGGUUGCCGCUGCCAAGUCACUCGAGGCCCAAUCGCGAUCGGCCUCGUUGUCGCGGUCGCGGUCGCGGUCGCGGUCGCGGUCGCGGUCGCCUCUUGAGCUCUCUAUUGAUGUUGACAAUCUGGUUCUCUCGCCUUCGGCCGCCGGCCUUGUUGCCGCAGCCACUGCGCCCGACAGCGACUCGCCGUAUGAUGUCGAAGUCGAGCAAGUCGCUGCCCGGGCCGUCGGGCGCGUCAGCCAGUUGAAGCAAAAGGCUCGCAUGCCAAACGCCAAGCACGCUGACACAGACACGGAUGGCGGCGUCGAGUCUGGCGGCUCUUGGUGGUCUUCCGAGUAUGCGUCGGACUCGGGCUCGGACUCGACAGUACGGAUGGCGCCAUCUGCCUCUGUUCACUCAAUAGGCGCAGGCUCAUCGUCGUCGUCGUCGCUAAAGCUGCCGUCGUCGCCGUCGGCGCGGCCGCCGGUGGCCCAGCCGCUGCGGGCCGCCCCGCUUGCGCCGCUCCAGCGGACCGUGUCGGCAACUUCGGUGGCGUCGACCGGCUCGUCGUCAUCGACAACGACAGCAUCGUCGGAGCGUCUUGCGGCACUGGCGCCGCAGAUCGCCCCUGCCCCGCGCGUCAUCUCGUCCGACGAGUACCAGGGUAUGAUGCGCGAGAUCUUGCGGAUGGAGGCGAUGUCUGCCGACCUUGCGCUCCGGCACUCACCGCCGCCAGCUUCACGGCCGACGUCGUCGAGCUCGGCAAGGCCUAAAGCGCUGCUCUCGUCACAGGAACGGACGAUUCGUGACCAGCGCAAGCAGCGAAUUCGCGACCGGCUGCGGUCGCGGCGUAAGACCGAGCCGUCGCCGCCGGUUGCGCCGCCGUCGCACUCCAGCGCCCGCCCGCGCGGCCGCCGCUCACGCGUCCGCAAGCGCAUCCGCAACAACACCAGCUCUCCAAGCUCGGACGAGUCGGGCGCUCGGACCGGCUCGUCACCGGGUUCAGGAUCAGGCGCCGCCGCCGCACUCGCUGCCCGGCAGCGCUCUCAGAAGCGCUACCAGCAGCGCAAGCUCUCACCGGAGCUCCGCUUUGCCCACAACCGCUCACGCCUGCCUCGCGGGUAA